AUGCUCCCGCUCUCUCCCCUGAGCCGGGGACAUGGCAAGUGGGUCCAGCACAAACAGAAGGUAGAAGUCUAUUUUGAACCAGAGGAUUACUUGAACUGGAAGUCUCCAGAAGAUUAUGUCCUGGUCUGCAAACCGCAGGAUAAGGGCGACCCCACUCAGCACACAUGGAGCCUCUUCCUCCCUAAAACUUUCAGCACCAGAAAGGGUGUCCUGAUCCUCUACUCAGAAGGUUUAGCCCUGUCAGCAUGGACGCCCCGAGAGAGGAGAAAAGGCCCCGGCCGCCCCCAAGGCCACAGGAAAAGGCCGGGUCCUAAGCUGCUCGCGCUUCGGGACCUCAGAGAAGCCAUCCUGGCUCAGGAGAGGAGACAGCAUCAGCUCAGCCCCAACAUAGCCUUAGGAGCCAAUGGGCAGAGGCAGGAGCGCUGUAGGGAGGGAGUAGCCCCACAAGUGGGCAUGGGCUCUGGACCCAACAACAGCAAGGAUGGGAAUGACGAAGUUCACCUUGGUAGGUCGGUAGGGCUCGAUGAAUGGGAAGCUGGGGCUGGUGGACCCAGGGACCAGGGCUCUGUUGCCAAGAACCACAGCCAUCAGGGGACCUUGCCGCCACUCAGGAAGCAGCUCUGGUAGGAAGAUGAAACCCAGGCAGAGGACACGUCGAUAGAGAACCACCAUCGUAUGCAGGUUUCAAAGGAAAACCACAAUGAAAAAACACAGCAAACCUCCAGGAGGGCCUUUGGGCAUGCCCACAUUGAUCACCCUUGGCUCAGGGGUGACAAACCCCACAUUACAUUCUAUGGCAACUCCUUCCCCAGUAGGAACGCAGAUCUCAGUGACAAACAAGGGAACAUGAAACUCCACACGGGCGGCAGCAGCCACUUGUCACAGGAGCCUCCUGCUGAAAGAUGCCUUUUCCCUCCUGUGGCCUCUGCCACUGACUCAGAAAAACACACACCUGGGGAAGUGAAGAAGAAAAAGGCUUCAAAGACCUUGAAAUUACCUCCUAUCUCCCAAGAGCCACCCGGAGUCCCGGACCCCCUGCGGAGUCGCUUUAAAGCCAGAGAGCCCCCAGCAGAGCUCCUCAUCUUCCCAGUGGAGAUUCAUUUCCACACCCGGCGCCCCUCAAAGGAGGAAGUGCACAGAAGAGGUGCUGCGCAUGCUGAGUCAGGACCAGAAACAGAGGAGCCCAGUCCGCCGAGGAGGCCUCCCCUGAAGCAUGCGUCCUCAGAAAGGCUGGCGGAGUUAACAGCGCGUCUCCCAGGGGACAUGGGCAGGGCCACGCUCUCGCCCCAAGAUGGAGGUGCCGCAGCACAGAAGGUGACCCCACCACCGUCCCUGAUGGGGGGAAGAAAAAGGCCAGAGGGCCAGAGGGGCCCGGAUGGCCUGAGGACGUCAGGCCACAGCAGCCCCGCAGGCCGUUCCAGGGGAGCACUCCCAGCAGAAGGACAAGAGGAGUCCGGGGACCCCUCGCUGGGACCCUUGUUGCCGGGUCCCGGAGGAGGCGUCUGCCUGUCCCUCCCAGGGCCGACCCAAAGCGAGACGCUCCUGGCGGCCUACUGGUAUGAAUCUGUCAGUUCACAUUUCAGCCAUGAAAAUGAGGGGUCUAGUAUUCAACAUCUCCUGAAAGCAAACACUGAAUCUGGAACCGAUCUUCACAUGGUCCUUAAUGAAACCUCACCUUUGACCCAAAAGCCAGAGAAGCAGGCAGCCCCGCAGACCUUGGCGGCAGCAGCUCCGAAGGCAGGAGAGCCUCAACGUUGUGUACAUAAAGGGCUGAUAUGUUCAAACAGAAAGGAAUUUUACACGCGCAAGCUGCACAUCGACAUGACACCGUUCCUGAAGGAAAGUGAAGAUGAACUGGACUAUCGUGAAGAGGCAGGAGGAACCCUCGGAGGAGAUCACCCAGACACCCAAGACCCAGAGCCAAGGAGUGUGACCUUGGACCCUCCCAGCGCUUCCUGGGCUGAAAACAUCCAGAGGCCUACGGCAGACACUGCCCAAAAGGCGGGCAGAGAUUAUGACGUAUUCCAUCUGCACAGAAGACUCGCAGAACCUGGGCCUGAGUCCCCAGAGAGGCUGGGUCCUGUCGACACACCUCUUCUUCCAAAAGAAAAAGAAGGGAAGACGAGACCAAGAUUGUCCAAGCAGCAAGCACCAGCCAGCAUCAGUCGUGAGAUGGAGUUGAUUGACAAUGCCAAGAGAAAGAAAAGAACUAAGACAGACAAGUCUAAGGUGCCCAACGGGGAGAGAGAAGGAAAGGUCCACGUAGAAACGAAGGCUGUUGUUGGAAAGUCAAAGGACUCAAAGGCUAAAAAGAAACCAGAGCUAAUUCCCAAAGGAAAACAAUCAGGAGUCAAAAGGAAAAGGACACUGAAGGAAAGGAGCCGGGAAACAGCAGCGGAGCAGAGGGGGCCUGAGGUCUUCAACGCUCAGGGAACAGAAGAAGGCACCCCAGACAGAGGUCUCCUUCCUUCGGGCCUUGAUGUAGAGGAGCCGUGGCUUUCUCCCAGAGCUGAUGCUCAGGAGAGCCAGGUUUCAAUAGAUGGAAGAUCACCGCCCACCCCGACUGUGGCUGUCACGGGACACACGGAAUCCGAAGAAGACAGAAGCCACGGGGAUCCUCCGAAGGAUCUCCUGGCCAAGAGGGAGCAGGAGAGAGCUCUCUGGGACAGGCAGCGAGCGGAAAGGGCCGAGAUGAGACGGCUGGAGGUGGAGAGGAAGAGGAGGGAGCAGGAGGAGCAGAGGCGGCUCCGGCAGGAGCAGCUGGAGAGGGCCGAGAAGAUGAAGGAGGAGCUGGAGCUGGAGCAGCGCCGCCGCGCAGAGGAGAUCCGCUCGAGGAAACAGAAGCAGGAGGAAGAGCGGCAGCGGCAGGAGGAGGAGGAGAGACAGCAGUGGCUCCAGCGGCAGGCGGCCCAGGAGCGGGCCCGGCAGCAGCAGGAGGAGUUCCAGAGGCGGCUGCAGGCGCUGCAGCGGCAGAAGCAGCACGAGGAAGCCGCGCGCGCUGAGGCAGAGAAGCAAAGGCAGCAGGAGCUGGAAAUGAAGCUGGCCGAGGAACACAGGCGCCUGGUGGGAAUGGCUGAGGAAGAGCGGCUGGAGUACCAACGGCAGAAACAGGAGGCAGAAGAGAAGGCUCGGCUGGGAGCAGAGGAGAGGAGGCACCAGCAAGAGGAAGCAGCCAGGCUGGCCCUGGAGAAAGCCAUGAAACAAGCCCAGGAUCGAGCCAGGCAAAAGUCUGCUUUGAGGAAACAUCUUCGUUUCUAUCAAGAACUCCACAAGGAAGCCAAUGGCCUGCAGUGGGCACACAACAUUUCCAGACCAUGGGUCUACUCUUACUUCCAGUUCCUACAAAUACCCAGACCUUAAGGCUAGAAGAAAACUAAAAAAGGCCCGAUGCACGAAGAUUCCCCUGGCUGCGGCACCACCUUCGCUCCUGCAGGAGCCGCCUUUUCGCUCUGGCCCAGAGCCGCCUUUCCGCCUUCCCACAUUGCCCAGAGGCCCGGAGCAGCUGGGGCAGUGCAGAACACCUGCAUCGUCGCUAAGGCGACGAUGCAAGCAUCCCACCCGACCCCGACUGCUCAGCACCUGUGUAUGCAAAUUAACCCACCAUCUUUGUUUGGGUUAAUUUGCAUACUAACUCCUGAUUGGCUGGUGAACUUGUUACACCCCAAUUAAUAAGACUUUAAUGGG